GGCCAGGCUGGCUGUUGUUGAUUCAUACAUAUUGUAGUGUUAAAUCGUUAUCGCCCGCAGGUUUUUCGGAUAGUUUUAGCUCAAAAUUGCUAUAAAUCAUAAUUGUAAAGAUAUUUGUCAACUAACUAAUAGAGGAACAACAACGAAAAUCAAGAUGUCUGAAUACAAAGAUCCUGAUAUACCAAUUAACUUGGGGCAGAAAAGAAUGCUGUACAAUGAAUGUGUGCAGAAUGCCAUGGACGCCGAGACGCCGAUCAUUUCAGAACACAUUCGAGGCGAAGACAUCGAAAAACUAAUGAAUAUAGAUAUUGCUUGUGCGAAACAAGACCUCAGGUUUAUAUUGAAUGCAUUGACAGAUGAAGACAUGCUGUAUGUAUCUAGAACCAUCAAACAGAGUACUUGGAUCAUCAACGAUAACAAAUAUGCAAACAUUAUAAACCCCGAGUAUUUAAAAACUCAAUUGUUACCCAAAAUGACAGCCAAAGCUGCAAACAAACUGCUGAAACAUAUAAGAUUGCAUUUAAAAGACGAAAGCCGAGUAGAAGCUUUUUACUCUAACGAAUACAACAUCAAGACUGCACUGAAAUGGUUACAUAAUUGUUCAAUACCUUUCGUGGAACGAGAGGUCGAAAAGCAUGCGAAAGAUAUUGAAAUUCAUCUUUUCAAACGCUUAAGCGAAAAGUCUACGUCAAUAUGGAAAAUUUUGAUGAAACACAAGGACACGAAAAAUCACAGACAAGCGUUACUGUCCACAUUAUUUAUAUUGUACAAAGAUACUGAUCAAUUCAUGGAUUUAAUUGAAGAAACCGAUUGGCGUGAUAUUCCGAGUCUUGGAGAUAAAGGCACAGCAAUAAUCAUGAAAAAUAAUGCUCAAAGAGUGAUCGACAAACUGAAAAUAUAUUUAGGCAUUAUACACAGACCAACAUUUGCAAAAUGUUUAAAGCCUGAGGAUGUAAAGGAUGUUUUAUAUAAAAUGGCAGAAGUAUGCACACGUACCAACAGAUACUACGAUACAUAUUAUAUUUUUAAUUCUGAUUCUAUGCAACAUUUUAUAUAUCGAAUGCCUACAGAUCAACAACUCAGAUUUGUCAAAGAAGUAUUUAUUGAUAAAAUUCAUACCAGUACAAUCGAUAUAGGCGCAUCCGAAGAUAUGGAAGUAAAUAAAAUGGCAAGACUAUUUUCGUUGUGUAAACCGUAUAUAGAAAACGACUACAUUUGGUUUAAAUUUGCACCUUUUGACGAAGCUUUUGCUUUUAUAAAAGAAUCUAUUCGAAAAGAAACCCGGCAAUACGAGAGAAACUCAAUGUUGAAAACACUCUUGGAUUUUGCCGGCUGUAAUACAGUAUAUAGGAAAACUAUACUACAAUAUUUUAAAAACAAACAUAUUAAUGACAAGUUAAUAGAUAAAGAAGAUUUCGUCCGUGAUUUCCUUCAAUCCAAAAUACCUAUUCAUAAAUAUGACGAAAGUACAUGGGGUAUUUUACAUGAAAUAUUCAAAGGUAUGGAAGUUUAUAAAGAUUCAAUAGAUAUUCCAGACAUCAUAAUUGAAGCAAUUAUAGUAUAUUAUAUUAUUAGAAAUGAAAAUAUCCCGGAAAUCGUUGAGAAAAAAUUCGAAUUCAAUUCUUUGAAAGCAUACGGUUAUCAAAUGGAUCAAACUGAAAAAGACAAAUUAUUCAUAUACUUAUUCAACUACACUACAAAAAAAUAUAACGCUUGUAAAGUUCAAGACGAGAAGAAAUUUAAAGAUAAAAUAGAUUUGUUGUAUGAUAUUUUGAUAACUUUAAAAGACUGGCAGAAAAACCUAGCUGAUUAUCCAAGCAUCCUUAACAUCAUCAAGGAGUGUAUUCAAAUAAAACAUAAAAACAAUGAUUGGAAAACUGAUCUUUCCACGUUGUAUAAUGUAAACAAAUCGUGGAAAAAAUAUAUGUUUGAAGAAUCUGUGAUUCUGAAUCCCUCGGAAGAAGUUUGUGUAAAUGCCUUGAAGCACGACCCUGGAUUAUUAAAAAGAAAUGAAAGUGAAAUACUCAAAUUAUCUCGUAAUGACAAAGUUUCUUUAUGUCGGUUAUUGAGAAAAAUGAGAAUUUUUUGGCGUCACACGUUAGCUAAAGAUUGGGCGGAAAAAUAUAUCAGUAUGUUAAAAGAAUAUGAUGGAUCGAAAGCACCGGUACGUGGCCUAUUUGCUCUUCUGCCACGUGAUCAAUUAUUAGAUUUUGUUCAACAAUAUGCUCCUGAAGGAUCUGAAAUAAAUUGGGAAAACGCAGAUACUUCCACAAUCAGUAUCCAAAGGAAUAUUGCUAAGAACAUGCACACCGCCCGGCCGCAACCUCCUCCCGAUUCUAUAUUACUGUAUGCGAAAGGAGACUACCUCCAAUACGCACUUCCGUCCGUUCUCGCAAUAUUCUACAACUUGAGCCAGCUAAAAACAUUGGAAUAUAUACCCAGAUUAUUUAAUGCUCCGGUUUCAUUACAAAAACAUGGUUUACGUUUAGCUGUAACAAAGAUACCACAUGAAAAUAUCAUCAAUAUCUUCGACAACACAUGGAAGAAAACUAAAAACGCGAGUAUUCGAGCAGUUAUAUUUAAACUCACUUUUAUACUUCUCUGUAAAGAAAAGGACAAUGAAAAAAUUGAACAACUUUGUAAAUUUUUAACAACGAUUGUUGACAGUCUAUCGUUUGAAGAAGAUAGUGCAGUUUACGAUGUAUUGGGUAAAGUCGAGGAAGUCCCCGUCAUAGUUAGAGCACAAUACGCAGAAAGAAGCUACAUGUUUUUAAAGAAAAUGUUGCCUUCUACCAGUGGUGACGACAGGCUAAAAUAUACACGAUCAAUCAAAGAAAUUCUCAUUUCGGCGAGAAACAUUAUAGAUACAAUGUGUCCAAAAUUUGUAACUAAACUUUUGCUAGAAUAUAUUGAAGAAUUGAAUGAUAAACAUGAGCUAAUUUUGCAUAAAAAUGUUAAGAUUGAGUUGCUAAGUACAUUUUUAUUAACUAGCAGCACAGAAGAGAUUCUAAAUGAGAAAUUCGCCACGAUAUGUACGCCAUUCAUUAAAUGUUCUCAAAAGCCAUGUCACAAAACAUUAAUCCCGCGGCUACAGUUAUUCCUACGCCGAAGUUUGGUAAAGGCAAUUCAGAAAGGAAUGGUCAUUCCUGAGAAAUUAUUUUCACAGUUGCACGACGAAUCCAGCGCGGUAUUGACUAUUUCUGAAAAUUACGUUUUACUCACAGAAAUGAAACUUUUCACCGCCUUGUUAAAAAUUUUGAAGAAUAUAAAGGAAGGUGAUUUAAAAGAAAUGCUAAAUAAUGCAGCGUGUGAAUUUGGGAAGGUGUGCAUUAUUUAUUUACAGGAGGAUAUCAAGACCUAUUUCCCACUAAUCUAUAGUUUGUUUUCCCAAGCUUUUAAUAACGUAUACAAAUCGCUCGAAUCUGUUGAAGAUCAGGAGAAAAGUAUCAGAAACAGUUUUUGUCGUAGCCUACUCCAUGAUAAGAAUUUCAUACCAGCACAUCUGGUAGCGCUUAAUCUUUAUUUUUCAAGUAUAUCUUGUAAUAACAUAAAAGUUCACCAAAAAAGCGAAAAUAAAGCUUUAUUAGAUGUCAUUCUUGAGAACAAAUCUGUUGAAGUAAAUAUGCACUACCAUAGUAACAUAACAUUUGAUUAACUCGACAUAAGGUCAGCUAAGUAUUUUUAUCAAUACCUAUGAAUAAUUUUAUCCUAUAAUUUUUGCAUGCCUGAAAGCGCAAACUGUAGAACUAUAUGUCGUUGUACCUACUGUGGCGACAUCUACCACGCCACAUGCACAACGCCGCAGAAGUCAAAAGCCGACAAAACGCGACGAAUAACUAGCCAUACAAGUGAUCCACGACUCUACGGCACUACGGUCGACUUACUGCCAGAAGCUAACAAGCCUAGACCGCGCAGACAGUGCGUUUUCGAUUGGAAGAAUAAAUACAACCUCCUACAUAACACCGUCGGAGCCGUGCGGUUCUCCAGGCGCAACACUUAGCCUGGCGGGAAGAUCUUCCCUUUGUGGAGGUCGAGCAUAAUCACCUGGCUCCCGCUACACUACUUAUACUUUGUAACUACACAGUUAUCGCAAUAAAUAUUUUUGAUUUUGAGUUUA